AUGAUUGUUCUAGCUCAUUGCCAACAACAAGGUGGUCAAGGAGCUCAGACUGUACCAGGUGUUGGUGUUAAUUGGGGUUUGUUAGCAACUAAUCCAAUUGAUCCUAACAUUGUGGUAAAUAUGAUAAAGGACAAUGGAAUUAAAAUGGUUAAGAUUUUUGACACAGAUCCAUGGAUUUUAGGUGCUUUUUCUGGCACAGAUAUUGAAGUCAUGGUUGGAAUUCCUAAUGAUCAAUUGAAGAAAUUAUCUAAAAGCAUGGAUGAGGCAGAGGAUUGGGUUAAACACAAUGUCUCCAAACAUAUGCAUGAUGGAGGAGUCAACAUAAGAUACGUAUCAGUUGGUAAUGAAGCUUUCUUGAAGAGUUACAAUGGUUCAUAUGUAGGGACUACAUUUCCAGCAAUGGAAAACGUUCAAAAAGCCAUUAAUAAAGCUGGUUUUGGGGAUAAAAUAAAGGUGACUACAGCUUUAAAUGCCGAUGUAUACGACACUAAUUCAGAAAAACCAUCAGGGGGAAAUUUCCGUGCUGACAUUUUUGAUGUUAUGAAGCAAAUAGUGAAGUUUCUUGAUGAAAAUAACUCACCAUUUUUAGUGAACAUAUACCCUUUCCUAAGUCUAUACCAAAAUGAUGAUUUCCCUGAAGAUUAUGCAUUUUUCGACAGUUCAAGUAGAACAAUUAGUGACAAUGAUAUACAUUAUAGUAACGUGUUUGAUGCAAACUUUGACACACUUGUUUGGUCGUUAAAAAAAGCUGGUCACCCUAAAGUGUCAAUUAUGAUUGGUGAAGUUGGCUGGCCAACAGACGGUAAUAGACAUGCCAAUCCAAAUACUGCUAAAAGGUUUUACCAAGGUUUUCUUAAGAAAAUGGCAAACAAAAAAGGUUCACCACUUCGUCCAGGGCCUAUGAAGGUGUAUUUAUUUUCUCUUGUUGAUGAGAAUUUGAAGAGUGUUGCACCAGGGGACUUUGAACGUCAUUGGGGGAUUUUUCGUUAUGAUGGAAAACCUAAGUUUCCUAUUGAUUUUUCUGGCAAAGGACAAGAUAAAUUGCCUAUCGGAGCCAAAGGAGUUCGUUAUUUAGACCAUAAAUGGUGUGUUUUGAGUAAAGAGGUAAAGAACUUGAGUUCGGUUUAUGGACCAUUGGGUUACGCUUGUGCAGUUGGUGAUUGUACAAGCUUAUGUAUUGGUUGUUCUUGUGGAAAUUUGGAUGUGCGUGGUAAUACUUCAUAUGCUUACAAUCAAUACUUUCAAAUGAACGAACAAAGUGUGGAGGCAUGUAGUUUUGAUGGAACUGCCACUAUUGUAACACAAGACCCGUCAAAUGGAACUUGCUUGUUUCCUAUAGAAAUCUAUAGUGGUGGAACCAUGCUUCAAGGAGGAAUUCAUACGGUCAGAAUCCUUUUGAUUGGGCUUGUAAUGAUUUUCCUUACAUUUAUAUAA